GAUUGUGGCCAAAUUAAACGUGUUCUAAAGAAAAUUUUCUCAUAGGAUGAAAGCCAUGAUUAAACUACAAUCGCAAAAAAUAGUUCGAACUUUCUCGGAAUUUCGGGUUACUGAGAAAUUAGUGUUCAAACAGGGUAGGGGAAAAAUGCAGAAUCCGUAUCUUUCACUAUUGACAUUGAAGGGAAACUUUUUGGUUAUUCAGGUUGAUGGUUUAUUGUUGGAUUAGAAGGAUAAGUAAAACUGUCUUUCGAGUAAAGAGUUAAGUGAAAAAUAUGGUACUUUAACUGUACAAAAAGAUUUCAUUUUGUUCAGCUGUAUAACCAGAUUUUAUUUUAUUUUUACGUUUUUCUCAUUGACGCUGGUUUUUCAUUAAGAAUUUGAGUGUUUAAAUAUGGACUGAAUUUAUUGUACUCAGUGGGACUGGCUUUUUUCCACCACAUCCAUCACUUCAUCAACCACUUUUUUGCCGUUUUUACCGCAUUGGACAAUACGGUGAAAAAUAGCCAGUCCCGUAUUCAGUGAAAAAAUUACGAUCAGUCAUGAUCUAGGUUUCACUUGUUUUUAUAAACACCUUCAAUCAACAUGGAUAGUUAUUUGAUAUUUUUUGAAUUAACUUAACCAACAUUAAUUAAUGAACCAAUCUGUUUUGCCGAGUGUUGAAUUAGUUUGAUAUUAGUUUAACUUGGAUUAAGAGUCAGACCAUUUGCAGCUUUCAUUGUCGACAAUUGAGUUUUAAAAGUCGAUUGUGCAAAAUUUCAUCAAAGAAAUGCUCAACAGUGCAAUUUUGAUGGUGUUUUUAUAUUCAAAUUUUGUAUCAUCGACAGACAUAGAAGAUUCAACAGAGUUCCAAGAAAAAAUUUAUAAGGGUAAAGAUGUUACCCGAAAAGGUGCAUACCCUUACUUUUGUUCCAUCCAAAUACCAAAUGACUAUGAUGUGCGCCCAUAUGAACACUACUGUGGUGGAGUAUUGGUGGAAAGAAAUGUCAUGCUAACAGCAGCUCAUUGUCUUAUCAAUGCCUCACUUGUUUCACAAUUUCACAAUUUACCCAACUAUCGACAUUCACGGUUGAUCGGCAAGAACGAUCCCAUUUUCAAAGUUGAAAAUUAUGUGAUACAUCCAGAUUUUUUAAAACAACGACCAUACAGUAUGCAUGACAUCGCUGUUGUACUAUUGGACAGACCUGAUACUCGACCUAAUGCUAGGCUUCAACUGGCCUCCAGACGUCUUCCUGUGGAUACAAAGGUUAAGAUAAUAGGUUUUGGGAUCACUGAAAACACGUACCUAUCAGAAGUACUGAAAGAAGCAACUGUAAUCAUAAAAGAUGACAAAAAGUGUCUGGAUGAAAAGACAGGAUUUGAGUAUGCUCCAAUUUAUAAUUUCUGUACUCAGAAUAGCGAGGGUGCAGGUGGAUGUUAUCGUGACGCAGGUGAUCCUGCAAUUUGAAAAGAUUCACGGUGGUUCACUUUAUGGUGUGUUGAGUAGCGAACAGACACCCUGUAGAAAGUUCCACACUGAUGUCUUUGUUAAUAUUUUUGCUCAUUUCAAGUUCAUUAAUGAUGUUUUUAUACAAUUUUCUCGUGAUCAAUCUGGAUACCCUAACCCAUUCAAUUACUGCAUGAACGAUCGGUUAAUGAACUCCCAAAUAUAGCAUCCUGCCAUCCAUUGGCCUCAGAAGAGCUUUUAAAUGUCGUAAAUUAUAUCGUCUGAUCUGAAAAGACAUCUUACUGAGAAAAGAUUGCUAAUACAGAUAACAUAGUGCAAUGUUGCACAAAAAAUGAGAAAAAUUAGCAACUUCAAAAAGUCUUAAAUUAUCGAUACCUUUUUCAAUUUAUAUACAAUAUCUUUUUGUGAUAAAACAAAUAUGGUCAAUUUAUUGUAUAUUAUUCAGAGAUGAAUUAUAUUAUAUAAUACAUUGAAAAUUUCGAUUAGUUCACUGCUGUAAUUAUUAUUGUUAAUGUUUUUCUGUUUCAAACUGUAAUUACCUAAAUAUGCCAUAACAUAAACAUUAAAAUUUGAUUUAGUUAAGGCAAAGGAA